UUGUACUCUUCUCUUCCGGGUUAGGUCAACAAACAAUAUCUCCUUCGUACCAUUCAUAACAACGGCCGUCAACAUUGUGAUGUGGGGAACCUACGGGUUCUUAUGCGCUGAUAAGGCCAUCAUCAUCGUCAAUGUGGUCGGUUUUGCUGUUCAACUCUCCUACAUCUGUAUCUAUAUACGCUUUACACAAAACAAGCUUCGCCCCGUCCAACAAACCAUAGCCGGAAUAGCCUUUCUUGUUGCACUUUACAUCUACAUCUCCCAGUUUGUCCCAACACGUGCUUCAGCCCUCAAGCAAGUCGGUCUCGUCGCCAGUAUAGUCACCAUUCUGAUGUUCGUUGCUCCCGUUUGUGACAUGGUGCAUUGCAUACGAGCUAAAUCAGCCAAGACAAUCUCGGCCUCCCUCAGCAUCGCCACCCUCAUCUCUUCGUCCCUUUGGUUAUCAUACGGUAUUCUUCUCCAUGACACAUUUAUAUCACUACCCAACAUACCUGGCGUGCUCAGUAGCAUUUCAAGGUUGAUAAUCCUCUGGAGGUUCAACGGGCGAGAUGACGACCACGAAGAUUUUUACAUCUCAUCGUCGUCGUCAUAUCUAUCGUCAUCGUCGUCAUCAUCACCGUCAUCCUCAGCACAUUCUUUAGUGUGACAGUACAUUACGAGAUUGAUUUAUCUUCGAGACAAUUCCGCGAUCCACGCCUCGCUACGCCUGUCAACGCGCGUCUAAUAUGGAUCUUUCUAUACCUUGUCACACACAUUGCGAAAGAUGAUCAACGAAUUCCUUGAAAAUAAGUUGAAACUGAAUCAUGGACGAUGAUAUUAUCCUAUUUAUUUUGUCUCC